GGUAGUUUGAAUUUUAGGGCUCUUGGCGGUGACGGCCACGGAUGAGCGCUCUCGAGGCGGCGACGCAAGCUACACGCAGAGUGAUCCCGUCCCACAAGAAGAUCACGAUUUCAUAGCUCGGCAUCCGACAUGGGAGGAUCAGCUGCCUCCGAUUCACGGCGUGAGCAAAGCAGCGCCGGAUCGCGACCCAGCAGCGUCAUCAUCUUCGUCUGCCGCAUUGAUUGCCGCACUGGAUCAACUGGCCCCAGCUAUUCCCGAUUCCCCGGCAACCAAGAACUGGAAGAGGGCUUACACUGCGAUCAAGAGGCUCAUGAAUAUAAGAAGAAAGACGAGGUGGAGUGCUGUCGGGACUGGAGCAAGAAUGGAGGGGACUGCGCUUGGAAUUUGGAGCCUCUACAGCCCGUCACGCUUAUACAUUUUCAGGCUUCUCUACAAUCAGAGAGCCGAGUAUGUCUUUGUGUUUCUCUUAUAUGCUCGCUUAUCUUUCAAGCGAUGGCUGGGUCUAGGCACGAACGAUAGACACACGUCCGGAGUUUCAACAUCGAUUUCCUGGACGGGCUCAUCACGGCGCUUUACACGAUUGAAAUGGUUUUACGAAUUUCGGCUCUUGGUUUUAUCAAAGGUCGUCACUGCUACAUGCGGAAUCCGUACAAUAGGCUCGACUUUGUCAUUGUUUUCGAUUCCUGGGUACAUAUCAUUGCUCGAGGAUUUUUUCGCGCUGUUCCGCGUGUUUCGGGGCCUGCCAGCGUUGAAGCAUGUCACAUUUUUUGCCGAUGGCAUAGUAUGGUUUCUAAAUUUCCUUUUGGCUGAUCUGUGCAUUGUUAACACUUUACCCAUCAUGGCGGCCGUGAAAAAGAACGUUGGUCCUCUCCAAAACGUUAUCCUUUUGACGUUUUUUCUGUUGGUUUUCUAUUCUCUACUCGGCACGCAGUUCUUGCAAAACUCGAUGAAUCAAAGGUGCUUUCGAACAGCGGACAAGCAACUUGCUUAUCCCAUGCGCUUUUGUGACAAAAAAGCUGCUGGCGGCUACGUAUGUCCACCAUUUCAGAACUGUAUGACAUACGAGAAUCCCAACCAUGGAGCGACAACUGUUGAUUAUCUCUGGUAUUCGCUGCUUACCAUGUUUCAACUUCAUAGCAUCUUAUCGCCUUAGCAGACUUCAAAGUGGUCACUCUGCAGGCGAUAACUUUGGAAGGAUGGAGCCUCGUCAUGCAUGAUGUGAAGGAUGCUGAAGGGGAGCGA